CAGAGGGAUUAUUUACUAAAUCUCAACAACACAGGGAUACAGGGGCAUGCAUUUGUAGUAGAUAUAAUAUUAUUUUCUGUUUUAUUAUUAUAAUUAUUAUUAUAUCAGUAAUAUUUGUCCAUAUUUAUUGCAGUCAUUCAAUUCAGAUUGCAUUUAUCUUUAAGGCUUGUUGAUAAGUGACAGCUUAUGGGAGAAAUUGAUUGCUGAGGGCCAGAUGGAAGCUGCACCACAACAGAUGGGCUCUGAAUUUCAUCUGAUCUGCUGAUUCAAAAAAAAGGAGGACACUCAGAGGAGGAGGAGGGAGAAAAAAGAGGAAAAACCUCCGAGCAGAAAACCAGGUCAGGUACGGCGUCAUGGUGGACAACCGCUCGGCCACGGCGCUGGUGAUCGCGUGCGUGCUGAGCACCCUGGCCACGGUCUACCUGUCUGUGGCGGUGGGCACGCGCCACUGGUAUCAGUACGCGAGCCCGCGGGUGCGGCACGAGCACAACGCGAGCGAGCUGCGCGCGCUGCACCAGGAGCUCAGCGACGCCGAGUUCGACGAGAAGACCGCGAGCGACGCGAUGUUCCGCCUCAACGGCACCCUCGGCUUGUGGUGGAGGUGCGUGCGCGUGCCCGCCGACCGCAACCGCUGGUACCGCGAGCCAGAUCCUGAGAUGGACACAGAGUGUGUGAGCUUCACCUUGUCUCAGCAGUUCACACCCAAAUACAUAGAACCAGGCAAUCACAACAGCGGAGAGGACAUAAUACGCACCUAUCUGUGGAGGUGUCAGUUUCUCCUGCCUCUGCUAUCUCUGGGUUUGGUGUUAGUAGGAGGGUUGGUGGGAUUCUGUGCUUGUUUGUGUCGUAGUUUCAGUCCUACACUGGGCAUCGGACUCCUCCACCUUCUUGCAGGUGUGUGUUCUUUAGGCUGUGUGUGUUGUUUCCUGGCGGGUAUGGACCUGCUACACCGUGUCUCCGUUAUCCCAGACCUUGUGGACGGCUCUCUCGGUUGGUCCCUCUAUCUCGCUCUCAUCUCCUCUCCAUUGUACAUGAUGGCCGCCGCUCUACUGGUGUGGGCCGCUCGCUGUCACAGCAAGAACUACUACCGUUUCACUGCCUACCGAGUGGCCUAGUGCAUUACAAACUAUUACAGCCAAGUCAGUGUCCUCAAUCACGUGAAACUGCACUAAACACACAUACACUUCUUGCAUAGUAAACAGUAUGUAAAAAUAUUAAUCCAAGAACAUACUAUUGUAGCAAUUACUUUUUGGCCAACAUUCACUAUAUGGACAAAAUAAUUGGGACACCUGACUUUCCCAGCCAUUUGUGGUUCUCUCCCAAACUGUUAUCACAAAGCGAAAGGCACACAAUUGUAUAGCGUGUCUGUGGAUGCAGUAGCAGGAAAUCCAAACCUGUUCUAGCAUGACAAUACCCCUGUGUACAAAGCAAACUCCAUAAAGAUAUGCUUUGCAUUGGUUGGAGUGAAAGAUCUCCUGCUAUAGAUUAUAUAUUAGAUAUAUAUUAUAUUAUAUUAUAUAUAGCUAUAUUAUGAAGAGGAAACUGGGACUAAAUGUGGAAUGCGAUGCUCAAAAAGCACAUACCAUACUUAUGACUGGGUGUCUGCAAACAUUUGGCAGUAUAGUGUAUUACUAUUCCACAAUACUACCGUAGUGCAACUAUGGGAAAGAGAUUACACCGUCAUAUAACCAUAAUAUCAAUGCUGUGAGAUUACUUUACUAAAUAUGAAAAAUAAUUUUAUACAACCUGCUAAAUAGUAUAGAACAAAACCCCCACCCCGUUACAAAGGAAGUAAAUAACACGGCAUAUUAGUAUAAAAUAAUAGCACUAUACUAAGUCGUAUCUCAAAAUACUACACUUUACUAUUGCACUUGAUUGUAUAAUAAAAUAGCACACUACCAACAUAUUGUGCGAAAUAGUGUGACGUAUGCAUCACACGAACACAAUAAAAAUGUAAUAUGCAAUCAUACUACCAUACUAAAUUAGUAUUGGAAAUAAAAUCCUACCAAACAACCAUGCCAAAUAUAAUAGAGUUUAAAAAAAUUGCUGCAAUAAAUACUGUAGUAUGGUACUUUAAUACUUAAACACCCAUCUCUUCUCAAUACUAUGGGAAAAAACAUUAAAUAACCAUUUGAUUUAUUAAAAACAUCUUAUUACAUGAAAAUAAAUAAAGUAUACUACCAUACAGUACAGUUAGACAAAACAUUGAACAUCCUUUUGCUAGAAUAAAAAAAAAAAAAACUACCCUAUUACUAUUUGUACUUAUUUUACGCCCCAAAUCUCAUACAAGUGCACUAAACACAAAUGUACAUUUCUUGCAUAACGAACAGUUUAUAAAGAUAAGAUUGGACCAACAUACUAUUAUAGCAAUUGAUAUGUGAAAUAAUGUGGGAAUUAAACAACCUUUUUCUAGAAUAAAAAAAAACAAAAAACAAGAUGACGUUUUAAUGUCACGUUAAAAAAAGAAACAAAUCUAAGAUUAUGGAAUUAAAGUCAUAGCAAUCUGAGAAUAAAUUUAAAAUUGAAUUUAAUAAAGUUGUAGCAGUAGGAGAAUAAAGUCUAAAUAUUUUAAGAAUCAAGUCGUAGCAAAACGAGAUUAAUGUGGUAAUAUUUUGAGAAAAAUCACAGAAUUGAGAAAGAAACUUGAACCAUGAAUUGAAUGUGGAAUUUUGAUUAGAAUUUAGCGAUCUUUUGCCUCAUCAGCACAGGGUUUUAUUUAGUAAACUGACACUGCAGCGGUGAUGUCGGAAAUAUUAUUCAGAAGAAAAAAAUCAGACAUUGAGGAAUUUACCUUUUCUGUGAAGUCUGAAAUGCCGACCAGUGGUUGACUCCAGGGAUAUCUAUAGUUACAUCUGCGUGCUAUGCAAAUAUAUUGUUUCUCAAGAGACUAUGAGGAUGAUUAUCAAAGAGAUCAACCCUAAAGGAGUUGAACACCGGUGCGUUCGAUGCUAUAUUAUCAUAAUGCUAGGACUUCAAAUUGUACUCAAAAUGUUACGCCUUUAUUAAUGUAUUGCUACGACUUUAUUCUUUAUACUUUUUUUUUUAUGUGGCAAAACGUCAUUGUAAUUACUACCCUACCCUAUUUCUACCCUAAAAAAUUACUACUGUUGUACUAUAACUACACAUACUACUUUGACACUGUAUGGUGUACUAAAACACCCCAAUACUAUAUAGUGUCUAAAAAUAAUACAUGAAAAUCUGUCAUCCAAAGUAGUAUGCCGAAGAAAAUACUACUGCACUGAAUAGUAUGGUAUAUUUGUACACUACUAUACUACUGUACUAAACAGUAGGGGGAAAGUACAUCAUACUGUCAUAUUAAUAAUAGAAUAAAUAAAAGACUGCAUCAGCAUACUACUGUAUUAAAUAGCAUGUUAAAAUAGUACACCGCUAUACUACCUAACUAAAGUAUAUAGCACACUAAACACAAGCACACUUUACUGACCUUGUGUACUAUUUGGGCAUACUAUUAACUGCAGUGGCAUGCAGAUUGGGACUUUGGCUAAGCUUUGCUCCAAAGUAGAUUUCCGGAGAAUUUUGUGAGAUUUACAGUGAAUUAAUGCACCCUGAUAAUCUGAAAUCAGCAGCUGGAGAUGAGAUGGCUAUAAUGCGAGUGAGCCGAAAGUGCUGGGUGGACAUUCACAGGGCUGUUAGAUUCUUCAUCAUCAUCUUGACAGUUAAAUGCAGAAGCCAUUUGCUGCAGCGAGGUGCCAACAAUUAUGGUUUAAUCAUAGCAUUUACUGCCUCUAUGGCAAUGCAGGAGUGAGCAGUAAACCAGCAAACCAGCAGACCAAGCUUGAAUAAAAUCUGAUUUAUUAAAGGAAAAGCAAAGAGAAGGUUAGUUUUUCUUCUGAAAUAUGAAGUCGAUACAGAAUACUGUCUCCAAGAUUGUGGUAUAUUUGCUUUAAAGAAAUGAAGGAGCUGCUUAUUAUUAAUGUGUGUCACACCAGAUUUUUUUUAUUCUGCUUCGUAUACAUUUGAAAAAAGUUUUUUUUUCUCUCUCUCAAAAAAGGCACUUUAAUGUUUCACGCUUAUCGCGCAUGACUGUGUGCUGAUGUGACAUUUUUAAUGCGAAUAAUGCUGUGUGUAAGUGAUAGUCUGUGUGAAUGUUGGGAAUUCACUGGAGUGUUUCUCGCGUAAAACUGUGAAGUGUUUAAUGGCACAGUGUAAUAAAGACACACAGAGAGCUAUUUUUCUGAGUCAAGGGGGUUCAUUUUGCCACCAUGUUUUAUAUAUAUAUAUAUAUAUAUAUAUGUGUGUGUGUGUGUGUGUGUGUGUGUGUGUGUGUGUGUGUGUGUGUGUGUGUGUGUGUGUGUGUGUAUAACCAGUGUAAGAAAUAUAAAUUAAAUCGAAAUUUAAAUAAAAAUAAUAGAAUAAAAAAUAAACAAAGUGAUCACAAUGAUUGUAGCUAACAUUAGCUAGCGAAUCAUUUGAAUAUAUCUGGUGGCAUAAUGGUGAGAAAAAGACCCAGUUCUGGUUCCUGCCUCCGAACUGUAGUGGUGGGGAAAAAAAAGCCUGGCAUGGUGUUUAUAUAGUAAAGAAAAUCAGGUAUGGGUUCAAGCACACCAUCCUUUUAUUUUGAAUAACUUGAUCAGAAAUUCAUUUUGUGUUGUUAUUUUUUAGGUUAUAAAAAGUGUGUUCAUGUUCAUAGUGUUCAUUAGACCAGGCUAUACAUAAGCAUUAACAUUUUUAAUGAAUAUUGAUUCAAUUAUUAUUUCUGUUGCUCUACUUAUUUAUCCUGUUUUUUAUUUUGGAUGUGUAAUUUAAUAUAAACACUUUAUUAUUAUAUAAUACCCAGUGUUAACAGUAAAUCUGAAUUCCUUAUAAUAAACAUGUUACAAUUCCACAUUGUGAAUGUAGGGCAUUAAUAUGAAAUGACUGUCUCUUUGUAAGCUUUUCCCAAUUUCUAUAGUUAUUGUAUUUUGAUGUUAUUUAACCUGCAUUUGUAUGAAAAGUUCUGAAUGAAUGAUUCGGAACCUUUAACCUCAAUAAAAUUAAUUAUUUUUAA